UACUCACUGAAAGAAGACAGUCGAAGAAUUCAAUAGAGAUUCAGAAGACACACAGAUAGAGAGAUAACUGAUAUUUUGUAAAAAUUUUAUAUGACCGAACCAAUGUAUAUGUUAUCUGUAUACCAGUUUAUGUAUGAGAACAGUCAGUCGUCUGUUGGUGAUCGGGAUGAACAGAUGAGAACAGUGAAUUAUUUGGACUUUGAUUGCAACGAUAUUAAUAUCAUUUUAUCUCAAUAAAAUGGCAGCGUAUGUGUGUGUCAACGAUUAUGAGAAAUAUGCUCUGGAACAUUUGCCUCCCUCCAUAAGGGAUUAUUACAAGAGCGGUGCAGGAGAUGAGUACAGCCUAAAAUUGAAUAGGGAGGCUUUCAAAAAUUACAGGAUACGUCCUAGAUUUUUACGAGACGUGUCAAAAAGAGAUAUAAGCACAACAGUAUUGGGACACAAAGUUUCAAUGCCCUUGGGAGUCGCACCUACUGCGAUGCAACGUAUGGCGCAUCCCGAUGGAGAAUGUGCCAAUGCAAGGGCUGCUCAAGCAGCAGGGACGAUUUUUAUUCUUUCGACGAUAUCGACGAGUAGCAUAGAGGAAGUGGCGGAAGCUGCUCCGAAUGGUAUAAAAUGGUUCCAGCUCUACAUUUAUAACGACAGAAAUGUUACCCUGAAUUUGAUAAGACGCGCCGAACGUGCAGGUUUCAAAGCAUUGGUUUUUACUAUCGAUGCGCCGUUCUUUGGCGAUAGACGCCCUGAUAUAAAAAAUAAAUUCGCAUUACCGAGUCACUUGAGAUUUGCAAAUUUCGAAGGUGAAUUAUCACAACGAAUAAACAGCGCAAAAAUCGGCUCUGGUCUUAGUGAAUAUGUUAACUCACUAUUUGAUGCGACCUUGUCCUGGGAUGAUGUAAAAUGGCUUAAAAGAACUACAACACUACCGAUAAUUCUCAAAGGAAUUCUAACGGCAGAAGAUGCACAUUUGGCCGUGGAAAGUGGGGUCGCCGGCAUUAUCGUUUCGAAUCAUGGUGCACGUCAAAUAGACAGCGUUCCAGCAACGAUUGAAGUAUUACCUGAAAUAAGCAAAGCCGUAGGAAAUCAAGUCGAAAUUUAUAUGGAUGGUGGAGUGACUGAGGGUAUCGACGUAUUAAAAGCCUUGGCACUGGGCGCAAAAAUGGUAUUCUUUGGUCGACCAAUGUUAUGGGGUUUGACGUACGAUGGUGAAAAAGGUGCCUAUCAAAUUCUUGAACUUAUGAGAAGAGAAAUCGAUCUAGCAUUCGCAUUAACUGGCUGCACAUCAGUAAAAGAUGUUACACGUGACAUGGUAAUUCAUGCAUCGUAUUAUAGCCAUUUAUAAAAAUAAAUGAAGAUUUUGAUAUACAGCAAUGUCAAAAUUUGUAUACAUAUAUAAAUGUCAAGUAUGAUAAUGAAAGAUUAAUAUUAAGAUAAAUUGUGUAACAGAUUUAUUAUAUUAACUGUGUAACAGAUUUAUAUAUAGAAGCAAAGUAUAAUCAUUUAAAACUAAAAUAUUAUAUGCC